UUAGACACGUACAGUGCAGCGUCCACAUGUCCAGCAUGUCUACUUCGGUGAUGGCUUUUAUCGUUGUGAAGCUUUUGGUUUUAGGUUUUCAAAGUAUUUUAGGGGACCCAUCAAGCGGGAUGGCUGCCUUUGUACAAUAUUCCCAAUGUUCAGUUUUUCAAACACCUCCACAUAGUGGAGGGGUGUACACGGUACGUACAAAGACAGGAUGUGCCAGGAUAUGUUCUGAAGACCCGGCGUGUGUGGCUUACAGUGUCUCUGGAACUCUAUGCCGGACACACGAGGAGUUGUUCCAGACUGGAGAAUGCUACAUUGGAGGCUGGACACAUUAUAAUAUUCAUAAACGCUGUAAGACUGAGGGCGACACUGGCGUGGCAACACGGAAGUGUAAGUGUUAUGAUGGAUACGUCGGUGACGACUGUUGGCGACUGAUGAUCGAUUGCUCUGAGGGUUUUACCAGCGGUCACUAUGACGGAGAAAAUGGUCUGUUUCUAGUUCACCCUGUGUUGUCUCCGGAACCCUUUCGAGUCUGGUGCAGGAUGGCGCAUGGCGGUAAUACAUUUAUACAGAGACACAAGCGUAGCUCCACAAGUUUCUACCGUACUUGGCAAGAUUACAAAGAUGGAUUCGGCGAUCUACGUUAUGACUUCUGGCUCGGUAACGACAAAAUCUCCCACAUUGUAAAUGGACGUGAUCACAAACUUAUUUUUAACUACAUAGAUGUUUUCACCCUUAAAAUCAGAAACCAGGUAUACAAUGAGUUCAAACUAAACAGGAACAAUGAUUAUCAAAUGUCAUUUGUCUCGACGUGGGGUAAUGCGGACCCUUCGCAUAAUGGUGGUGAUUGUUUGGGCGCAUUACAGGGGCAGUCCUUCUCUACCUUCGACAGAGAUAAUGAUGACAGUCCUCUAAACUGUGCUCAAGAACACAAGUCUGGAUUCUGGUUCAAGAGCUGCACUCCCUGUAACCCCAAUGGUGUUUGGUCAGAGACUACAGACAAGAAGAGAGCUGGAGUACCCGAGGAGAUGUUCUGGACACCUGCUUAUGGAGAUAACCUGAUACUUUCUUGUUGGAUCUUUUUGAAGGCAGAUUGAUUUUGAGGGAUACAUUUCAGAUACGUACCUCCUCGUAAAGUCACAUUUAGGACCGAGCCCAAGGCUCGGGAUAGCGUUGUCUCGAAUUUGAGAUAAGCUAGCAAAUAUAUUGUAUUUGUACAGUAAUGAGGUCGGGACCAGACAAACGGUUCGAGGUAUCAGUACGUGGCUCGCGCGAUCGACUGCAUUAUAGGAAAGAUACGUCAAUUACGAUGAUAUGAUAGUGUCAUCAUUCCAGUUUAGUGUUGCGUGCAAAGAAGCGCAUUCAUGCAACUUUUGCUUGAUUCGUGAAAAUGUUCAGUUCAAUUUCGCUGAUUCACCCACUGGAGUUCAAAAUACAAGAUUUAUGUUUUUGCAUAAAGAUUCAGAGUGUAGAAAAACUCUAUAUAAGACUGUGACAAAAGGGAUGAACAUUCCAGUAUUCAACUAUCUACUGUUGUCGAGCAAUAUUCCUGCAGCUGAGGUACAACUGAGAAUGUGAUUUCAAAGAUCAGCAUACAAGC